GCAGUACGUGUCUUCCUGGUCCGCCCAGCGCUCCGAACAAAACAAAACACUACCAAAUCAAAUCAAUAUAAAUCAAUACAAAACAAAGCAAAAUUGAAGCUAUUCAAAACAAUACUAGGCUACCGUUUUGUAUUGGUAAUUUUGGUAUAUUUUGGUAAAAUCCCCCCUGUCAGUCGGCCAUAGGAUGGCUAACCCCAACGAUCCAUUUUUCGACGAUUCCUCGUCGGUAUCGAGCCUGACGCCUAGCCAGUCAGCCAGUCAGUCUUCCGGGGCUCUCACAAACAUUCCGCACGCCGGUGGUGGCGCCUUUUCAGUUCUUCGCCGAGCUCGUAGCGUAAAGAACCAACUUGAUGAUGUCGACGAAGCAAACCUCCCAAGUGCAGUAUGCGAUAUGCCGAAGAUCCUAAUUAACAGCAAGCCCUAUAUUCGGUCGGAGUGGGUGGAUAAAAAACGGAAGAAAAGAUCCCCGAUCGAACCGUACGGCUCACGCUUCGUCAAGCUCGAUCGCGAGCACCGAAACUGUGGCGAAUACUGGCUCUGUGAUCUUUGUGAUGAGCAUGGUAUAACAACGAUUUUUUCCCUGCCUAGAGGUACGACUUCUGGACCGCUGGACCACUUGCGGCAGCAUCACAGACUUCUUCGCUCUCGUACCUCUUCCGUAGAGGGAAGCGAUUCGACUGAUUCUGAAGCGAAUCCGCGCCCACAGAAGAGUCAGAGGACUCUACAGGAGAGCCUGCGGAAGGCUGUUGUGAGUAAAUCGACGGGGCAGACUUUCUGAGAUACACUGUUAGGCUGGAUAUCGAAGGCGAAUAUUCCCUUCUCUGGAAUCGAACACCCGCUUUUUCGCCAGCUUCUCUGCUUGUUAAAUAAGGAUCUUGUGCAGGAGCUUCUGCCUCUGUGCGGAGAUACUGUCAAAUCGUGGCUCAACGCCGAGGUCGAAUCACAGAAAGGGCUCCUGAAAACAGAGCUCGCCGCCUCCCCUUACAAGAAGCAUCUCUCUUUCGAUCUCUGGACCUCUCCGAAUCAAUACGCGCUCCUCGGUAUCACCGUUCACUUCGUCAGCGCCUCGCAACAGCUUCAAUCUCGCUUCCUAGCCCUCAAACGCGUACUCGGCAGUCACGGUGGUGAGAA